GUAUUCCUACGAACGCUGCUGGUUGACUACAUUCCUGGCGUCGUCGUCGGGCCAUCGUCCAGCUCCUGUCCAUCCCAUCCCAUUGUCCAUUCAUUGAAUUCUUCUCCCACCGUCUAUUACCCACUUGCCCGUCGCGGGCCCCACCGCUACAUAGUACGUAACGAGGAAAAAACGAUUGCUCGAUCUGCUCGUGCGACCAUACUACUGUUGCUUUGCUGCUGCUGCUGCUGCUGCAAAGCUCGAAUUCCUCCUCUGCUCCUUUCUCCCGCCUCUUCUUCAAUCAAUAGACACCAGCAGCAUCCACGAUCCUUCUUCAUCUCCUCGCACGCACUUAAUACACUCCCUCUACCAUCUUCACUCUCACUCUCUCUGUCUCUCUCUACUGCAUCUAGGGUUACUACUGCAUGUAUGUACCUUGAUUAACGGCAGAUUGCUACCCAAAGCUGUACCUGCAGCACCGUUUGUCCCACGACACCCAUCUCUCGCCCUUGAGUGAGCGUCAUCGCUUCGAUUUCAGGUGUUACCCUGUCCUGCCCUAUCCCUCGUUUCAGAGCCAUUGCGAAAGAAAAGAAAGAAAAGAAAAAUCUUUCCCAUCCUCGCCUUUGGGAGAAGUCUUUUCUCUACACAUCCCCACAUACAAUCUUUUUUUUCACCGCCUCGGCCGUCGCUCCAACGAUCCACCUUCCGCUAUACCGCUCUCUCCCUCAGUGCUCGACCGCCCGUCACUCACGAAUACCUACAUAUAUACAUACAUACAUACUACACGCUGCAUAUGGUGCUCGUUGAUACGAUAUUGUCGGCUUUGCUAUGAGUCUGGAUCAGCAACUUGAUGGAUGCACGGAUUGGCACUUCCCCAGUCCCACAUCCACGCCAAAGUCCCUGACGUUUCCCGACCCGUCGUCCCUCAAGACCCCAAAGACUGAGGCAUUCCCUCCGUCGUAUUUCCUCGACGCCUGGGCUACGCCCAACGUCAAUGCUGGCCAGCAGACCCCGGCACAAACGCCCUGCUUCACCCUCUCCACCCCCUCCACAUCGUACAGCCCGCAGGUCCGCACUCCAGAGGACCCCGAAUUCCAUGUCAACCACUUCAUCGGCCCCAGCCUCGCUCUCCCACCCGUCGAGCCUGCACGCAGGUUGUCGUCUUCGCCCGACCCCCACCGGCUGAAACACGCCAUCUUUGACAGCGGCGACUCCCACGCCUUACGGCCGAGGCCUCUCAGUAUGGACACUUCGCAGAUGCAGACCCCGCCACCCACAAGGCAUGCUACUUCGAGGAGGAGCUUGCAGCUGCAGCAACAGCAACAGCAACAGCAACAGCAACAAAAUGAUAGUAACGAUACAAUCGUCGUGGCUACACCUAGGAACAAUACAAUCGCCGUGGCUACACCUAGGAACGAUACAAUCGCCGUGGCUACACCUAGAAACGAUACAAUCGCCGUGGCUACACCUAGUAACGAUACAAUCGUCGUGGCUACACCGAGAACCGUGAUCCACCGAACUCCCGCACAAAUGCCCUCUAUGGAUGAUGGGCUGUUUGGCCAGACUCCCAUGGGUUUUACUGCUCUGCAAUUCUCGCCAGACAUGACACACGAUUUCUCCAAUACGGGCCCAAUGUCUGCUCCCCUUUUGCUCCCUCAAUCUCGCCUGUUCUGGGACCAACCAAACAGUGGCACGCAUAUGGAUGUAGACGUUCCUCUCACUCACGAUCUUUUUGGUCCCACCCCGCAUAAGAUGGAAGGCAGUCUGGACUGGGCUAACUUUCAAAACACACCCACCGCGAACAACACGUUGAACUCGCAGUCGUUUCAGGCGCUUCAUGACAUGACUUCUCAAAGCGGACCAAUGGAUUCUUUUGCGUUCAGUAGUGCUUACGGUGAUGAUUCGGGGUCAGGCUCUUUCAUGUCGACUGCCGGAGGUGUUGAUCCCAACAUGCUGUUCAGCUUCUCCAGUCAAGGCCCUUCUGCUUCGUUUGACACUUCGCUGCACAUGCCAUCGAAGACCUUUGCAAAUAGGCAACCAUACGAGAAACAGCUCGAGGACUCUCUCAGUGAGAGAGAAGCAGUCAGAAGAUCCAGAAGCCAGCACUCUAGAACCAGCACAAAUUCUUCGUCGUCAACUGCAGCUUCGAGACCAAACCUACAGCGCAGUAACACUGAUAGCGGGCCCCGAAAACCCCGACCCGUGUCGAUGGACUCGCGGGUACCCGGACCAGCUGCAAGCUACAAUAUACCGCGCCGAUCUUCACCGCUCAAGAGACAGAGCGGCGGCUCGCUCAAAUCCAUUCCCGAGAUUCGACGACCAAAGACUCGCCUUGUGAUUGAUGAGAAUGGUCGAGCCCGAACGGAAACUAUUCCUGCAGGCAUGGCUGAGACCACAGGGGGAGGGGAACCCCGCCGAAGCUCCGAACAAGAUCUCAGGCGGCAAUACCCCGGCCUAUGGGCUGAUGAUGACAGUGACUCGGACGAUGAGCCGACCACGCUCAGUAGAAACACGUCCCUCAACAUGCCCCGCCGAAGAACCUCAAAGCACGCCCGCAUCGAUCACGACGACCUCAUACGGUCCGACUCUUUCAAGAUGCCUCGGUCGUCAUCCAGACCCUCCUCUGGCGCUUUUGAUCAGUCAUCAUUUGAAACCAUCCGUCCCUCAAGAAGGGCUGCAGAGAAUCCCAAUCGGCGGUUCAGCAUGAUGGAUUUUCCUACUAGUUUUGGUGAUGGGCAUGGCAACCAGGAUUUGCCCAUGCCCGACUCUCCAGGGGAUGCUCUAGGCGCGCUGAAAAGAGUCGUGGAGGGUCGGCACAAGAAGACAGAUAAUUCUGCCCAAAGUACCCUUCGAGCUCAUAAUCAACGUUGGGCUCAAGCGUCCGCCGACUUUGCAAGCGCUAAUGCCUUGUACGACCCCUUCUCCACAUCUUUCUCGGCAUCGCCAUCCAAUUCUGCCGAAACUGGUCUGACCACCCCGUCCACGGACCGCAGCAGUCUAUCCGGCGAUAGUGUCCGCUGUGUCUGUAAUGGUGGGGAUGAUGGCGUUACCAUGAUCCAGUGCGAAUCUUGCACCAAAUGGCUGCAUAUGGGCUGUGUUGGGCUCACUCAGAACAAAGUACCCCCCGUGUACGUUUGUGUAUACUGCACCGGUCAGACGCCCGUUGCUCGUGGGGGAAGAGUACGAGGCCCCGUUCCAGCUCCCUUCGACUCGCCACUCACGCACAAAUCUAUUUUCCGGCGAUAAUCUCGGCCUUGCAUACACAAGGCCCGCUCCCAACAAUGCACUUGUCCUUUUAGCAUAGCUCCCUUUCUCUUUUUCUCUGCAAGGUUUCUGCCUCACCGAUGAUCCUACCACCAUUUUGUCUAGCGUUUUCGUUCCCAGCAAAGCAAAGCAUUUCAUACAUCUGCAUAGACCUUCACAGGUGCUACUCUUUCGCGAUAGUCUCUAUCCUCCUCGCCUAAUAGCACGUUCGGAUCUUGCCCCAAAGUACCUGAAGACUGAUAUACCUACACACGCAACACGAGUAACUUUAAUGUCACACCAAGCGUCUCUCCAUACUCAACUUAUCCGCUGGCUCUGGAGGGUUGAGUUUGCUUACAUGGAGAAUGAAUGAAAAAACUCUAUAAUAUCUUUAUUUUGCGUCCCCCUAUUUGUCUAUUUGCUUUGAUUCUAUUGCUAUGUUUUAUCUGUGGUGCUAAAGAGGGUUAGGUAGUGGUAGUAUUGAUAAUGUGUAAAGAAAUCUUGUUCGCCCUUCCCUGUUUCACUUUGUGUUGCUGGCGCGUUUCUUCUUCCCUUGAAUAUUGCUAUAUACAUGUAUACAUGUCUUGCUUGGUGAUUUGGUUCUCACAGUUCCUCACAUGAAGAAUGUAGCAAUCUGUGAUACGGCGUGUUGGAGUUUACCUGUGGUUGAUGGAGGUGCCUAUGAGGCUGAGCUGAGAAAUAUUCGAUUCCCCUCUAUUUCUUCUUAUCGCGGGGGGAGGCCCUGGGAGCGGAGGUUGUUUCGAGUAGUUGGGUGUAUACCUAAACGUUUUCCACUGAUAUAU